GAGGGACGAACGGGAGCCUCUCUCCUUCCCUGGGCUGUUUUUUCAGUUUCCUGUCUCGCAUUGUGCUCACAGCGGAUAUGUGCUGCGCCUACAGCAGGAACAAGUACACGUCAAAAGGCGCUUUGUCCUGGCAGCUAUUUGCACAGAAGCCUGAGGCACUAGAGCUCCCUCUUGCUAGUGGUGGUCGUGCUGCUCAGUUGAGAAGACUGACGGUGACAGCACAGGGCUCAGGUCUGGGGCUGGCCUGGUACCUUCAGAGCACAGCUGGACACGAUUAAACCCAGACACCACUGUGUCCCUCUUGAAGACCCGGCAGAAGUCAGCUCGUCUCUCCCAAGCAGGGGGUACACAUGCAAUUCUAAUGUGAAUUUUUUCAGUAAGAAGAUUAAACGCUGUCCUGGAAAGUAACCUGACUGUAGUGAAGAAGACAUAGUAGAAAAGUGAAUGUAUUACGUAGAGAUGGCUUCAUGGAUCUGGACGCUAAGCAUUGUGAGCUGCUUUUGCAUCACCUUUUCCAGAAGUGAGGAACUGAAAUUUUUUCAGAGCGCCACAGAGCUAAAUCAUCUAACAGUGGAUAAUGACACUGGCAUAAUCUAUUUGGGAGUGGUAAAUGCUCUGUAUCAGCUUACAGAAAAUCUGGUGGUACGGAUACAUGUGGAAACGGGGCCAAGAAAGGACAACAAAAAAUGCACACCUCCCAUUGAAGAAAAUCAAUGUAAAGAGGCAGUACUGACUGACAAUUACAACAAAUUAUUGUUGCUGAACAAGGAAAAUAAAACAAUUGUGGUGUGUGGAAGCCUUUUUAAAGGGAUUUGUGCCACCAGAGAUCUAGAAAACAUUACCAAAGUUACGCAUUAUGUGGAAACCAGUGGAGAGAAGUCCUUUGUAGCAAGCAACGAUGAGAAUGUGUCAACGGUGGGGCUGAUCACUUCCUUGGACAAUGAUCAGGUGCUGUUUGUUGGGAAAGGGAACGGGCCAAAUGAUAAUGGGAUAAUAAUCAGCACUCGGCAGCUCCACGAGAAGGACGGGAAAGACAUUUUUGAAAUGUAUUCGGACUCGGCGGCUGUAAAGUCAGCCUAUCAUUCUUCAAGCACACAGCAAUUUGUGACAGUCUUUGAGGAUAAAAAUUACGUUUAUUUCAUUUUUAACCAGCAAGAGAAGCAGCCUGUCAAUAACCGCACACUAAUUGCACGUCUUUGCAAAGAUGAUGCCCAUUAUUAUUCCUACUUUGAAAUGGACUUGGGUUGCAAAGAUGAGGAUGGUUCCUACGAUCACUGUCAUUCUGCUUACGUCACCACCCCAGGAGAAGAGCUGGCCAAGAGCAUGGCUCAGCAAAGACAAACUACAGAUUCUGCCUCGGAUGACAAAGUGCUCGUUGCACUCUUCAGCAAAGUAAACAAAGAUAAUGGCUCCUUAAAAUCUGCCAUGUGUGUGUUUUCGUUGAGGCACAUCAAUGAAAAAAUGGAGAAAAACCGGGAUGAUUGCUACACAAAUAAGAAUACCAGCAUGUUUUACAAACUCUUUGCAGUAGAAAACCCAUGUGGACCACAUGGACAGAAUGCAAGCAAAAAUUUCCCCUGUGGCUCUGAACACUUACCAUACCUCUUGGGAAGUAAAAAUGGUGUUAUAGAGAAGCCAGUAUUACAAAAAGAAGGGAUGAAUCUCACGGCUGUUACUGUGACUGUGGAGAAUGGGCACACCGUGGCCUUUCUGGGGACUUCAGAUGGAAAAAUUCUUAAGGUGUUCCUGUCAUCCACUGUAACUGAGUACAGUUCUCUGACUAUUGAACUAAAUAAACCCAUAAAGAAUGAUCUGGUCCUUGACAAAACCCAAGAAUAUCUAUAUGUGAUGACCACAGACAAGGUGCAUCGCCUUCCCGUACAGCAGUGCCACAAGUACUCAGACUGUGAGAAGUGCACGCAGGCCCAGGACCCGUACUGCGGCUGGUGUGUGCGGGAGGGCAGGUGUACAAAGAGGGCAGACUGUGAAAUGGCUGAUAAGGAGAACGACUGGCUCUGGAGUCCAAGUGGUACAUGUAUGACUAUCAUCAGUGCAGACCCUCAAAACAUGAGUCGUAGAGCUCCUGCUAAGGUGAAACUGACAGUAAGUCCAUUGCCAACUUUGAGCACUAGUGACAAACUUUGGUGUACCUUUGGUGAAACAAGCCAUCGUGCUCAAUUAAAUGAAGGAGUUAUUAUCUGUGACCCUCCUGAUAUGAUUCCUCCAACACCGAAAGGUCAAGAUCACGUUUCGGUUCCAUUACAGUUAACCUUUGGAGAGAACAGGAUAUUUUUUGCAUCGCAUACUUACCCUUUUUAUGACUGUGAAGAAGCAAUGAAUCUUUAUGAAAACCAGCCAUGCUAUUCUUGUGCAAGCAAUAGGUGGAAUUGCCAGUGGGACUGGAAGAAACAUAUCUGUGAAGAGUCUUCUUCAGCACAGGAUGUGAUCAAACAAAAUAUGGAGGAAGAAUGCCCACAGUUUCUAAACCCUAACCCAUCAAUAAUACCUAUGGAGUACCGAACAACAGUGCAUUUUGAGGGAAGACAUCUAGCUUAUUAUCAGGAUGAAAAAUUUGUGGUUGGAAACAGCCAAUUUGAAUUUGAAGCUCCUGUUGAGGCUGCAGAGGAAGGAAGAUUUUCAUUCAUGAGUAAAGAGUUCUCCUAUAGUGCAAAUGAAACCUUAAAACUUAAAUUAUCCAUAAGAACAGACAAGGUUAAGAUUGACAGCAAACUGAUGGUGACCCUGUACAAUUGUUCCUAUGGACGCAGUGACUGCAGUUUGUGUCUCGCUGCCCAUGAAGACUACAAGUGUGUCUGGUGUGAAGAGGAUGGCAAGCCAAGCAAGUGUGUGUAUGAGAAGCUGUGUCGUGCUCCUCCCACCAACACGUGUCCUUAUCCAGAAAUUACUCGCAUUGAGCCAAAGACUGGACCACUGGAUGGUGGAAUUCUUUUGACCAUAAUGGGAUCUAAUUUGGGAAUAAAAGCAGAAGAUGUAAAAAAUAUAACAGUGGCAGACAAGGAAUGUAUUUUCAAGGAGGAAUUCUACUCUGUUUCCACAAGGAUUGUGUGUCAAGUUGGAGAAAUGAAGGAAUCUAAACAAGGUCAAAUUGAAGUUAACAUCAAUGGAAAAUUAGGUAAAUCACCAAGUAACGUGCAGUUUACAUACCAGGACCCUCAGCCUACUGGAAUAAGACCUCAAAGUGGUCCACAGGCAGGUGGAACCACACUUACCAUCACUGGUAUGAACCUGGCAACUGGUUCCAAGAAGGAUGUUCGUGUUUAUCUCGGUAGCCAGCCUUGCAAUGUCACUGAAUUUGGAGAUGAGAUUGUUUGCGUUACAGGACGUAAUAGCAAGGUUGAAGCUGUUGGAGUCACAAUGCGCUAUGGGGAAACAAAAAUUGAUGUACCAGUGCAAUUUUCAUACAGUGAGAAUCCUACUGUCACCAAGUUCAAGCCUGUUAAUAGCUUCAGCAGUGGAGGGAGAAAUAUUACAGUAACUGGAACUGGGUUUGAACUGAUCCAGAGUUUCUCACUGAUGGUACAUGCAGAGCGUCCAGAAGCAGGCAAACUGAGCUCCAAAACGUUUGUUGGAAACUGUGUUAUGAGACUUAAUGAAACCACAGUGGUUUUUUCUUCACUACCAAUAUUGGAAGAUCCAGAAAACUAUAACAUUACCACUAUUAUUCUAAUGGAUCAUUAUCAGUUGGUUGUAAAAAAUGAGAGCCAUUCAUUUACAUAUGUUGCAGACCCAACCUUUGAAAAUUUCACAGAUGGCAUCAAAAAGCAAGUCAACAAACUUAUAAAUGCAAAGGGCAGUAACCUGAACAAAGCCAUGACCAUUGACGAGGCCCAGGCUUUUGUAGGUGAUGAGCCUUGCAACAUAAAGACACUGACUGAAACAGACUUAUAUUGUGAGCCGCCUGAAGUACAGCCACAGCCAAAGAAAAGGCAGAAAAGGGAUAUGAUCAAUAACCUUCCAGAAUUCAUUGUGAAAUUUGGACUCCGUGAAUGGGUCCUUGGAAGAGUGGAAUAUGAUACACGUGUGAGUGACAUCCCACUGAAUCUUAUUUUGCCACUGGUACUUAUUCCUAUGAUAGCAAUCAUCAUCAUUUCUAUCAUCUGUUACAGACGGAAGAGCCAGCAAGCAGAACGAGAGUAUGAAAAAAUUAAAUCUCAACUUGAAGGCCUGGAGGAGAGUGUCAGAGACCGGUGCAAGAAGGAAUUCACAGAUCUAAUGAUAGAGAUGGAGGAUCAGACAAAUGAUGUAAAUGAAGCUGGAAUCCCAGUACUGGACUACAAAACAUACACGGACAGAGUCUUCUUCUUGCCCUCCAAAGAUGGGGAGAAGGAUGUGAUGAUUACAGGAAAGCUGGACAUUCCAGAGGCUCGGCGGCAGACUGUGGAGCAGGCUCUGAACCAGUUCUCCAACCUCCUCAAUAGCAAAUCAUUUCUCAUUAAUUUUAUUCACACGCUGGAAAACCAAAGGGAGUUCUCUGCUCGAGCUAAAGUGUACUUUGCAUCUUUACUGACGGUUGCUUUACAUGGAAAACUAGAAUACUAUACUGACAUCAUGAGGACGCUGUUCUUAGAACUGAUGGAGCAGUACGUGGUGGCCAAAAACCCAAAGCUGAUGCUAAGAAGAUCUGAAACAGUUGUUGAGAGAAUGUUGUCUAACUGGAUGUCUAUUUGUUUAUAUCAGUACCUCAAGGACAAUGCUGGGGAGCCUCUUUACAAAUUGUUCAAAGCCAUCAAACACCAAGUAGAGAAAGGUCCAGUGGAUGCUGUUCUGAAGAAAGCCAAGUAUACGCUGAAUGACACAGGCUUACUAGGAGAUGAUGUCGAGUAUACACAGUUGACAGUAAAUGUGUAUGUCCAAGAUGGAGGAACUGAUUCUACACCUGUGAAAGUGCUGAACUGUGAUACCAUAUCACAAGUAAAGGAAAAGAUAAUAGACCAAGUCUAUCGAAAUCUGCCAUGUUCUCAGUGGCCAAAAGCUGAGAGUGUAGCUCUUGAGUGGCGUCCAGGCUCUACUGCACAGAUCCUCUCAGACUUGGAUUUAACAUCCCAAAGAGAUGGCAGAUGGAAACGUAUCAACACACUGAUGCAUUAUAAUGUCCGAGAUGGUGCCACACUCAUCUUAUCGAAAAUGGGAAUUUCCCAGCAGCCAGAGGAUAGUCAGCAAGAUGUCCCUGGGGAAAGGCAUGCGCUUCUGGAAGAUGAAAAUAAGGUCUGGCACCUCGUCCGGCCAGUAGAUGAAAUUGAUGAAAGCAAAUCAAAGAGAGGCAGUGUGAAAGAAAAAGAGAGAACCAAAGCUAUUACAGAAAUCUACCUGACAAGACUUCUCUCUGUGAAGGGAACUCUUCAGCAGUUUGUAGAUGACUUCUUUCAUAGUGUGCUCAACUCAAACCAUGUAGUGCCACCAGCUGUGAAAUACUUCUUUGACUUUCUUGAUGAGCAAGCAGAGAAACAUGACAUCAAGGAUGAAGAUACCAUUCACAUCUGGAAAACAAACAGCUUGCCUCUUAGAUUCUGGGUAAACAUACUGAAAAAUCCCCAUUUCAUCUUUGAUGUUCACGUUCAUGAAGUAGUGGAUGCUUCCUUGUCAGUCAUUGCACAGACUUUCAUGGAUGCCUGCACAAGAACAGAGCACAAAUUAAGCAGAGAUUCUCCAAGUAAUAAAUUACUUUAUGCAAAAGAGAUCUCUAAUUAUAAGAAAAUGGUGGAAGAUUACUACAAAGGUAUUCGUCAGAUGGUACCAGUCAGUGACCAAGAUAUGAAUACCCAUCUAGCAGAAAUCUCUAGGGCACAUACUGAUUCCUUGAACACGCUUGUGGCUCUACACCAACUCUACCAGUACACUAACAAAUACUAUGAUGAGAUUAUAAAUGCACUUGAAGAGGAUCCAGCUGCACAAAAAAUGCAGCUCGCCUUCCGUUUACAGCAAAUAGCAGCUGCGUUAGAGAAUAAAGUGACUGACCUUUGACUCGAAAGCCGCAAUAAAGAAAUCUGAUCUGAAGAUGUUCAAAUUCAUUCUUCCUGUUAAGGAAAUAGUGUUCUAUUUUUUAAUGUGUAAUUACAACUUUAAAUGAAAGAUUUCAUGUUUUUUUGAUAGCAGAGGUGUAAUGUAAAAAAUUUUUACUGUAAAUUAUGCUUCUAAUUAAAAGCUGUGUUGUGUGUAAAUGAAUCUUCUGUGGGAAGGAGAGUCCUUUGGCUGGGGGCAGGGUGGGGGGUGGAGGAAGGCGAGUCUGUAGUUCAGUUAAUUGCAUACAAUCUAAGACAUCAGCAUUUAGAAUUCAUUAUGCAAGUAAACUCAAUAUUAUAGCGUCCUUUAUAUUUUAAGCAAUAUUUGUACUAGGAAAAUAACCGCAUAUUCAGAGAACCAUGCAAUAUCCCCUUUUAUUUUGAUAACUGGAAAUUGACUUCCACGUAGCUCCAAAACUUCGUCUGUGCUCAGAACGUAGUAAACAACAUGACCACUUUCUCUGUGAGAUCUGCCAAUGGGUUUUGCUGCCACACACAGUUCUUAGGUUAAUUAUUUAUGCCCACAGUAAAGCACAGUACUGCACCCAGCACGGUUGGCUGCAAUGGAAGUGACAGUGAUGCCGUGGCUGUGAGGAGGGUUCUUCUGAUAGAGAGUCUCUUUUGGUUCAGAAGUCACCGCAAAGGAGAAUUAGUCCUUAAAUCUUCACAACCCUUUGUUAUCAAUGUGAGUUUAAUGAUAUAUGCUAAUGUGCCUUACUUGUACUAAUUCUGUGAAUCUGAUGAAUGGUUUUGUAAAAAGAAGCAGAUCAGAAAAAGAAAUAUUUAUGUGCUAUUGAAUGACUUUUGUGUGAAAACCAUGACCAGCAGAAUGCUUGUAAUUAGCCGCUUGCCGAGAGUGUGUUGUUUAACAUGAUCUGAUAAUGUAUAAUAUCUUAUUUUAGAAUGGUUCUGAUGAUUUUUUUAUUUGGAACUGUCCUAGAAUUACCAUCACUUGUUUUUAUUGUAUUUGUGAUGUAAAAUACUAGUACGAUAUUGGAAAACCUGUAUGCCCACGUGUUGAAAACCACUGUUUUGAGCUUUGGAAUUCUGCAUCUGAUCAAACAACACCAUCAACCCAUAGCAAAGACAGCUAAAGUCACUAGUGGGAAGUGUGCGCUUACAACGUAUGUAAGCUACGUACAAAUCCAAAAGCUCGGUACGCCUUCUUCAAUUGCUGUAUUGCACAUCAGAGAUCCUCGUUCCCUUUUGUCUCGCCAGUGUUGGCAGUGAAGUAGCAUCUUAGGGAAGCGCUGCCAUCAGUGUGAGUUCACUCCCUGCCCUGCCCAGCGCCCACCCCCAGCCUCGGCCGCUGACCCAGGCUGCCGCGUGGCCGUAAGGUCGCUUCUACCGUUGGCUGAUUUGUUUGUUUCUUUUUGGAAAGCUUCCUGGUGUUUGUCAGUGGAUCUUCCCACCAGCUACAGAAAUGGGAAGCCUCACCAAUGCCAGGCCAGCAGGCUGAGAGGGCUUUUGUUUUGUUUUUGUACUCGACUCGUUGCAUUUGCGUAUUACUGUUCCUGACCUUGCCUGGGCUGUAAGUUAUUGUACACCGUGUAGGACUGAGGUACAUGACCGCUACAUAAAGCUGCUUUGCCAGCUACUUCUUCAUCAACAAAAGCAUCUUAAUUUCAUGGCUAAUCCAUUUCUUUGUCAUUAUUUGUAAAUCCUGUUAAUUGUAAAUCAAAUACAAUGUUGGUUUUUUUUCCA